CCUUAGAAAAGAAACUUCAACUUUCCACUUGCUAUUUAACAUAUGUAGCUAACAUUAUUGAGAUCAUCUUCAUCAUCAACCUUUGAAAUUCUUCAUUUCAUGGCUGCCCAAAUGGGAUCUGAUAAAGCUCCAUUUUCAGGUUUCUUCAAAGUAAUUUUUCAGAGAGCUCUACAAGACAAGAAACUGAUGAUUUCGACCAAGUUUGUGGGGGCGCAUAGUAAUCUGUUUAUGGAUCAUGUCAAUCUCAUUGUUCCGAAUGGCCAGUCAUGGGAAAUAGGAUUGGCGAAAUUCGAUGACAAGAUAUACUUCGACAGGAAUUGGCAGGAAUUCACGCAACAUUUCUCAAUUCAGAAAGAAUACUUUCUAACAUUCAGACUCAAACAAAUUUCUACUCUCAAAGUGCGCAUAUUUCAUCCUUCUGGUUGCGAAAUCCGCUAUCCCUUCAGGGCAACUACUUCAGCACAUAAAACCAAUCUUGAGGAAGGUGAAUGCAGUAACGGAAAAGCGAUGCAAGAAUGGAGAACCUUCACGACAGAAAUGCCUUGUUUCAAAAUCCUGAUGCAACCGUACCAUUUCAAGUACAAAAUCGUUCAUUUGCCAACUGAAUUUGGCACAAUUCUGAAGAGAGCACCUGAGCAAAUCAACCUUCAAAAUUCUAAGGGACAAAAAUGGAGGGUUAGGCUGGGCAAACAAGUUGCUGAACGGAAAUAUGAUCGAUUCAGAUUAGGGAACGGAUGGGGAGAAUUCGUAGAGGACAAUCAUAUGAAGAUCGGAGAUGUUUGUGCUAUUGAGAUUAUCGACGAUAAUCUCUGGAAAGUUACUAUCUUCCGUGAUUGACAAGCAACCCCACACCUCCUCUGAUUGUACUGAUUUAAGCUUAUAUUUGCUUGAUAAAACUUUAGUUAGAUAUUAUGCAAUUUGAUGAUUAAGUAUUGUUAUUA